AUGGAUUUAGAUACAGAUGUGCCCAUGGAAGACGUCAGUGAUGACCAACAAUUAUUGCCAUUGAUUGGUAAGGAAUCAGUGGCAAAUACCACAACUAAUGCAGGUGCUCUGGUAAAUGAUAAAAAAGAUUUACAUCCUUCUUCUAUAAACCAGUUGGAUGAAUGGAUUGAAAAAUUGAGUCGUUGUGAACCUUUACUGGAAACAGAUGUCAAAAGAUUAUGUGAAAUGGCAAUCGAUGUACUACAAUUUGAAGAAAAUGUUCAACCUGUUCAAGUUCCUGUUACUAUAUGUGGUGAUGUUCAUGGUCAAUUUCAUGAUUUAAUGGAAUUGUUCAAAAUUGGAGGACCCUGUCCUGAUACCAAUUAUUUGUUUAUGGGUGAUUAUGUUGAUAGAGGUUAUUACUCUGUAGAGACAGUUUCAUACUUGGUAUGUAUGAAAGUUCGAUUCCCUAAACGGAUUACCAUAUUACGAGGGAAUCAUGAAUCAAGACAAAUUACUCAAGUUUAUGGGUUCUAUGAUGAAUGUUUAAGAAAAUACGGCAGUGCCACUGUGUGGAAAUUAUUCACUGAUUUAUUUGAUUAUUUCCCUAUCACAGCUUUGGUUGAUUCAAAGAUCUUUUGUUUACAUGGAGGAUUAUCACCAAUGAUUGAAACCAUUGAUCAAGUUAGAGAUUUAAAUAGAAUCCAAGAGGUACCUCAUGAAGGACCAAUGUGUGAUUUAUUAUGGUCUGACCCAGAUGAUAGAGGUGGAUGGGGUAUUUCUCCAAGAGGUGCUGGUUUCACUUUUGGGCAAGAUAUUUCGGAACAAUUUAACCAUACAAAUGAUUUAAGUCUUAUUGCUAGAGCCCAUCAAUUGGUAAUGGAAGGUUAUUCUUGGUCUCACCAAGAAUCUGUGGUAACAAUUUUUUCAGCUCCAAACUAUUGUUACAGAUGUGGUAACCAGGCAGCUAUAAUGGAAGUGGAUGAGCAGCAUAAUAGGCAAUUUUUACAAUAUGAUCCUUCAAUCAGACCUGGAGAACCCUCAGUUACAAGAAAGACUCCUGACUACUUUUUGUAA